AUGUGGAACAUCAAAACAGUUGUUCACAUAGCAAGAGAAGCAUCACAAGUCAAGAAUCAAACAAAACAAACAAUACGCGAUCCUCUGAUACAUUCACAACAUCAGUCUGGCACAUCCACCUCCCAAAUAAAAACCACCAGACGUGCUCUCGCUCGCGCUCGAGCUCUCCCUCGAGAGCUCGACCGCGUCUUACGGCCAGCUGCUUGGCAUACAGGCAUUUGCUCCCCAAGCCUCUCACAUCUCUUCGUCUUUCUUCAGCAACAAGCCCCACUUGAACUUAAUCAAAACGACGAACAACUCACGUGUUUCAAGACGGGGCCGAAGCAAGCGUCGAGCGACUUUCAUCCACAUCACGAGAUCUCCAAGCUUUGUGGCCUUGGGACAGCCGGCCCUACAUCUACUACAGUAACAACACUCUGCCUCCUCCAUAACAAUAACUUCGUCUGCGACCGUCAUUCUUCAAUUGCCUAUACUUCAAAUGCUCGAGACAUCUUCUCCACUUCGCAUACUUCCUCCAUCGCCGCGUCAAUUGCUUCACUUCAAACGAAAAUAUCUUUCUCGAGGAAUUUGGCAGAGUUCACGGAUGGAAACCUACAAGUACUCGCAACUCACAACCACUGCCAAGAGUUUCUGAAGCUAACACAUCAAAAAGAUCCUUCAAGGUCCCAUCCAAGUCCACGCAGCAUCCGAGCAGCAUGCAAAGCUGAGUCGGACUCGGAAACAUCAAAAAUCACAAGAUGCCAUCAUUACCAAGCACAUGCCACUCUGAACUCCCUAAGGUCGUCGACUGCCAUCUUGAUCCUCUCGACGCGAGACAACUUGCAACAAAACAUUGGCAAGCAGUCCUCCUCCGCGAAUAUCCAAGGUCACUGGUGCCCGGCACGGCAACGCUCUAUGCAACAAAAAGACUUGCACUCCAACAAAACAAACAACAUCAAAGUUGCACGUCAUGGCAUCGGUAACCACAGGAGGAGGACUUGUAUUUUCAAACAUGAAAUCAGCGGAGGAGACUAUGUGGGCUUUGCUAACUUGCUUGCUUUAGGAUUCUUGAUUGCUUUAGAUUUAGAAUGUUCACGUUGCUGGCACCGGGCAAGUUAUCAGACGCCGCCAUCGGAUCGUGAAGCCUGGCGAAAACUUGGCACGUGUUCCGUCUGCGCACAGGGGGUUUACUUUAAAAAGGUGAAGUGUGUUCCAGGACAGUCUAAAAGGGCGUAUCACUCAUACAAGCCCAAGCCGCGCAAGUUAUUCUGCCGGUGA